AUGCAAGGGGAGUGGAGAGAUGGCUCCAUGCAACAGUAUCAGAGGGUGGCACUUGAAGGAGUGUUCGUGCUCGAUAAGAAGAAGUUGUGUGGAACACUUGGGUACAACCGUGCAGAGCUUCAAGAACUUGCGCUACAUACAAUGGUAGUUGGAACACUGUGCGAAGCUGCUCAGCUUCAGGCCGGUGAGACAAUCAUCGUUGGACCUGCAACUAGAACUUUUGGCCCUGCGACUGUUGAUUUGGCCAGCCUACUAGGUGCAAACAUCAUCGCACUGGGUAGAAACAAGCAGAAGUUGAAACAAUCAAGAGACCAAACUGGUCGCUCGGAGCGAUUUCAAUAUGUUGUCAGGACGGGUGGCGAGAAGGUUGACACCGAAGCCAUUCUUGCAGCUACACCGAAUGGAGAAGGGGCGGAAGUAUUCAACGAUUGGACUUCUGGGUCAUUCGAAACGUAG